GCCGCGCCCGGGAGCCGGGGAGGCCGCGCCGAGCCCGGGAUCGCCGAGCAGCAGGCCCGGACGCCGCGCGGGCAAGAUGAAUUUACAACUGAUUUUCUGGAUUGGACUGAUCGGUUCAAUUUGCUGUGUGUUUGGUCAAACAGAUGAAAAUAGAUGUUUAAAAGCGAACGCUAAGUCGUGCGGAGAAUGCAUCCAGGCAGGCCCCAAUUGUGGGUGGUGCACGAAUUCGACGUUUUUGCAAGAAGGAAUGCCUACUUCUGCACGGUGUGAUGAUUUAGAAGCCUUGAAAAAGAAAGGCUGCCACCCAGAUGACAUAGAGAAUCCCAGAGGUUCCAAAGACAUAAAGAAAAAUAAAAAUGUCACCAACCGUAGCAAAGGCACAGCAGAGAAGCUGCAGCCGGAGGACAUCACUCAGAUCCAGCCGCAGCAGCUGGUUCUGCAGCUGCGAUCAGGGGAGCCCCAGACGUUCACAUUGAAGUUCAAGCGCGCGGAAGACUAUCCCAUCGACCUCUACUACCUCAUGGACCUCUCCUACUCCAUGAAAGAUGAUCUGGAGAACGUCAAGAGUCUCGGGACAGAUCUGAUGAAUGAGAUGAGGAGGGUGACUUCAGACUUCCGAAUUGGGUUUGGCUCCUUUGUGGAGAAAACGGUGAUGCCUUACAUUAGCACUACGCCCGCCAAGCUCAAGAACCCUUGCACGAGUGAGCAGAACUGCACCAGCCCCUUCAGCUACAAGAACGUGCUCAGCCUCACAGACAGAGGGGAGGAGUUCAACGAGCUCGUCGGGAAGCAGCGCAUUUCCGGAAAUUUGGAUUCUCCGGAGGGAGGUUUUGAUGCAAUCAUGCAGGUUGCAGUCUGUGGGUCGCUGAUCGGCUGGAGGAACGUCACUCGGCUGCUGGUGUUCUCCACGGACGCGGGGUUCCACUUUGCUGGGGACGGGAAGCUUGGUGGUAUUGUCUUACCCAACGAUGGACGGUGCCACCUGGAACACAACGAGUACACCAUGAGCCACUAUUACGACUACCCCUCUAUCGCCCACCUUGUCCAGAAACUCAGUGAAAAUAACAUUCAGACUAUUUUUGCAGUUACUGAAGAAUUUCAGCCUGUUUACAAGGAACUGAAAAACUUGAUCCCUAAGUCAGCAGUGGGAACGUUGUCUGCAAACUCCAGCAAUGUCAUCCAGCUGAUCAUCGACGCCUACAACUCCCUUUCUUCAGAAGUCAUUUUGGAAAACAGCAAAUUGCCAGAAGGAGUAACGAUAAAUUACAAAUCGUACUGCAAGAACGGGGUGAAUGGCACAGGGGAGAACGGAAGGAAGUGCUCCAAUAUCUCCAUUGGAGAUGAGGUUCACUUUGAAAUCAGCAUAACUUCAAAUCAGUGUCCAGUUAAGCAUUCUGAAACCAUUAAAAUCAAGCCUCUGGGCUUCACCGAGGAGGUGGAGGUGGUCCUUGAGUUCAUCUGCAAGUGUGAGUGCCAGGACACAGGCAUCCCGAAAAGUCCCCAGUGCCAUGAUGGGAACGGCACGUUUGAGUGUGGAGCCUGCAGGUGCAACGAGGGACGUGUAGGCAGACACUGUGAAUGCAGUACAGAUGAGGUGAACAGUGAAGACAUGGACGCCUACUGCAGGAAAGAAAACAGUUCAGAGAUCUGCAGCAACAACGGGGAGUGCGUCUGUGGGCAGUGUGUGUGCAGGAAGAGGGACAACACAAAUGAAAUCUAUUCUGGCAAAUUCUGCGAGUGUGAUAAUUUCAACUGUGAUCGCUCCAAUGGCUUAAUUUGUGGAGGAAAUGGCGUUUGCAAGUGUCGUGUGUGUGAGUGCAAUCCUAACUACACUGGCAGUGCGUGCGACUGUUCUCUGGAUACGUCGUCUUGCAUGGCCACAAACGGGCAGAUCUGCAAUGGCCGGGGUAUCUGUGAAUGUGGCGUCUGCAAGUGUACAGAUCCCAAGUUUCAGGGGCAAACCUGUGAGAUGUGCCAGACCUGCCUGGGUGUCUGUGCCGAGCACAAAGAAUGUGUUCAGUGCCGAGCCUUCAAUAAAGGAGAAAAGAAAGACAGAUGUGCACAGGAAUGUUCGCACUUCAACAUCACCAAGGUGGAGAAUCGGGACAAGCUUCCCCAGCCAGGCCAGGUGGACCCCCUGUCCCACUGUAAGGAGAAGGAUGUGGAUGACUGCUGGUUCUACUUCACGUACUCGGUGAACGGGAACAACGAGGCCAUCGUGCACGUCGUGGAGACUCCAGAGUGCCCCACUGGUCCUGACAUCAUUCCGAUCGUCGCUGGGGUGGUGGCUGGCAUUGUUCUAAUUGGCCUCGCGUUGCUGCUGAUUUGGAAGCUCUUGAUGAUCAUUCAUGACAGAAGGGAAUUUGCCAAAUUUGAAAAGGAGAAAAUGAAUGCCAAAUGGGACACGGGUGAAAAUCCUAUUUAUAAGAGUGCUGUGACAACUGUGGUCAACCCCAAGUAUGAGGGAAAAUGAGCGCCCUGCCGACUCAGCACUGACGGGGCUGUCGUCACAGUCACAGCCAAGGAGCUCCAGGUCUCACGCGGUGCAGGCUUUGAAAAUGUAUAGUGUGUAUAAUUUUUAAGGAUUUUUAUUAUUUUGAAAAUAAUGUUAUAAUCCAUGCCAGGGACUGACAGAGACUUGAGACAGGGUUGUUCGCCUUGUCGGCCAAGGUCACAUUGUGCCUUCUGACCCUUUCUUCCUGGACUGUUGAAAUCAAGCUCUCACUGGGUUGGCGAUGCUUCUCGGGUGAUUGAAAGGGCGAGAGUUGGGGUAAUGAGCAUGGUGAGAAUUUCUGUUCAUUGUGUGUUAAAAUGGAGUCUUGGCUUUCCAGGUAUGUCAGCUUCCAGUUACACAGAUUCCAAAGUAAACGUUCCACUAGCUAGUUUAGGGUUGUUUGUUACAAAUCUGUUAUUUUGCCACCUGCCUGUUAGCCGUGACUGAUGACAUAUCUGAAAGAUACGUGGGAUAGAGCGGCUUUGAGAUGGUUGAUUUGCAAAGGCCAUGGGAAAGAUUCAGAGUUAGGAAGGAAAAACAAAUAGCUUUAAAAACCUGUGUGCCAUUUACGAGUUACUUAGUCGUGGUAACUUUAUGCCUUCUCUUUAGAAAUGCAAGCCUUGGAUAAAAAUGCUACGGCAUUUUCUGCUCACGUGUCCUUGAUUUAGCACUCUACACAAAGGCCGUAAUGUACGUAGCAUUUGCUGAAUGGGGACCUUUUGCAUUGAAUUUAUUUUGUUAUUUUUAUUGUGUUUAGUGCCUGGUGCUUUUUAUCACCUCUUCUAAUCUUGCAAUGUAUGUUUCCACUUGGGGAUAAGACUUUUCCUUUGAAGCAGGAGCUGUGAUCUGCUGUUGGUCCUGUAGCUUGUGCAGCAGUCCUCCCUCAUGCAAGCGUUACUUCAGUUAGCGCCACGGCGACCACUGUAUUUACUUCUCACUGCUCGAGUUGCCUGUCACCUUCUUGUGUUAAGUGCCUUUUAAUUUUAACAGUUCACUUUUUACAGUGCUAUUUACUGAAGUUAUUUAUUAAAUAAAAAACCUAAAAUACUUGAAUUGGA